AUGUGAUUUUGGAAAGGAGAAGUCUCUCCGUAGAGUCAAAAUGUGUAUAUAUAUAUAACCCUAUGAUCACCUCGCUCUGAACUGAGAAUAGAGUCAAAUCACUAUCAAAUUCUACUCAGUCGGCUUAGGAUAAUCAUCAUGAAGGGAAUCAUCGCUCUCCUGCUUCUCGGCCUCGCUGUCGCAGCACCUGUCAACCAGGAGCUUCAAAACGAAUUGCCUGGUGAAGACGUAAAGACUCGCCCGCAUCCCACCGGUCUUCCUACUGUUAGCUUUUCGCUUCCACCGCUACCAACUGGCUCUGGCUUCCCCGGAUUCCCUCGCCCAACUGGUGAACCAGGUGGCCCAGGUGGUUUCCCGCGCCCUACUGGUCGCCCUCGUCCUACGGGCCGUUCUCAACCCACCGGCCGCCCUCGUCCCACGGGUCGACCACAGCCUACUAGUCGACCUCACCCCACCGGCCGCCCUGGCCGCCCUACCACUAAAUCGCCGCUACCCACUCCCACUCCCACUCCGACGCCGUGAAAUGGUGCAACGUGAUGGGCUAUCAAAAGUGUAAUGAAGGGGACCUUA